AUGAAAUUUAUUAUAUUACUAGUAUUCACAUUUUGUGUGAAUGCUUUAAUGUUGAGGAGUGUAAAGGACAAAAUGACAGAAGGAGUGAUUUAGUAAAUAAGGGAAUAAAUAAAGAAUCCCCAAACCUAACAUUACCACUCAGCUUACAAUAGAUUGGCAUAUUAUGUCGAUACUUUCGGUCCCAGAUUAUGGGGAUCAGAGAGUAUGGCUGAUGCAGUCGAUGCACUCUAUUCGGAGAUUGAGAAAAUGGGAUUUGACAGAGUGUGGAAGGAGAAUUUGGGGGAGAUCACAUCUUGGAUGAGAGGAGAGGAAAGUGUCACAUUGUACGAGCCAAGGGAGAUUCCUUAAAAAUUGAACAUGAUUGGCCUUGGAUGGACACCUGCUGGAACUGUGAAGGGAGAAGUGGAGGUUGUUCAUUCAUUUGAGGAAUUAAAACAGAAGGAUGUGAGAGGAAAGAUUGUAUGCUACAAUUUUGAAUGGAAUGGAUAUGGAUCAGCCAUAGCCUUCAGAUUUGCAGGACCUACAGAAGCAGAAAAAGCAGGAGCAAUUGGUACAAUGAUCAGAAGUGUGGCCAGCGUUUCAAUUGCAUCACCACAUACGGGAAUGACGGAUUAUGAAAAUAUCAAAAAACCUGCAGUUGCAAUUACUGUUGAAGAUGCAGAUAUGAUAGACAGAAUGAGACAGAGAGGUCAAAAGGUUGUAGUCGAGAUUAAGACAGGAGGACAGUAAUAUAAGACAACAAGUGAUAACUUCUUUGCAGAAAUCAAAGGAUCCAAAUAUCCAGAUGAGAUCUUAUUAAUGGGUGGUCAUUGGGAUUCAUGGGAUGUUGGAUCACAAACAGGAGCCAAUGAUGAUGGCGGCGGUGUUAUCGUCUGCUUAGAAGCACUUAGAAUCCUAAAUUCAUUGGGACUCAAACCAAAGAGAACUAUAAGGUUUAUAGCUUGGAGUGGUGAAGAGAUGGGUCAGAAAAACAAUGGAGGAUUUCACUAUGCUCUUAAUCAUGGUAAAGAGAAUCACAUAAUUGCAUUCGAAUCUGACUUAGGAUCUACCAAACCAUAUGGAUUUGGCAUUACAGCUGGAUAAUAAUUUACUCAGUUAGUUACAUAUAUGGCUUAAGAGUAUUUAACUGGUAUUGGAGCUGAGCGAGUCUACCCAAAUGAUGGAGAAUCUGUUGAUAGUGGGGUUUUGGCUGAAAUCACAGGAACUCCUAUGAUGAACAAUAGAAUAGCUGAUAAUGAAAAUCAUGAUUUCUAUUUCGCUUAUCAUCACACUGCUGGUGAUUCUAUGUGGAUGAUGGAUCCAGAUGAUAUGGAUGACAAUGUAGUAGCCAUUGCCAGUAUUAUGUAUUUGAUUGCAGAUUAUGAUGGGCCCAUUCCAAAAGAUUGA